AUGUCCACCGCCCUACUUAGACAAAUCCUCCCCCUCAUUGUCGCCCUCGCCGUCGUUGGCGGCAUCGGGUUCGUCCUCUACCACGUCUAUCUCAGCGUCACUAAGAUGGGCGAGACGGCCUCGCAGAAGAUGGGUCGCAAGAACGUCGUUUUCACAAAGGAUGGCAUGCGCGUCGGCGUCAAGAACGUCAAGAACGAGAAAUACGUCGACAAGACUCAGAGCUACCUCGUAAAAGCCUGGAACCUCGGCCAGGCGCAAGAGAGGUGA